GCCCCGGACGUGGCCCGAGUCCAGGGCCCCCCGAAGAUGACGUGGAUCUGUCUGUCCUGCAUGCUCUGGCCAGAGGAUCUGGAGGCCCCCAAGACUCACCACUUCAAGGUGAAGACCUUCAAGAAGGUGAAGCCCUGUGGAAUCUGCCGGCAGGUCAUCACCCGGGAGGGUUGCACCUGCAAAGUCUGCAGCUUCUCCUGUCAUCGGAAAUGCCAGGCCAAGGUGGCUGCCCCCUGCAUUCCUCCAUCCAACCAUGAAUUGGUGCCUGUCAACACGGAGAGUGCACCAAAGAAUGUAGUGGACACGGGAGAAGGAACCUUCCGGGGUGGGAACACUCGGAGAAGCCUUGAGGAAGACGGCUCCACCAGAGUCACCCCGAGUGUCCAGCCCCAUCCCCAGCCCGUCAGUCUUCCCAGAAACAUGAGUGUGAGCCAGACCAUGGAGGACAGUUGUGAGCUGGACCUAGUGUACGUCACAGAGAGGAUCAUCGCCGUCUCCUUCCCCAGCACAGCCAACGAGGAGAAUUUCCGGAGCAACCUCCGCGAGGUGGCCCAGAUGCUCAAGUCCAAACAUGGAGGCAACUACCUGCUUUUCAACCUCUCUGAGCGAAGACCUGACAUCACGAAGCUCCACACCAAGGUACUGGAAUUUGGCUGGCCUGACCUCCACACCCCAGCCCUGGAGAAGAUCUGCAGUGUCUGUAAAGCCAUGGACACUUCUCCCCACAAUGUCGUCGUUCUACACAACAAGGGAAACCGAGGCAGGAUAGGAGUGGUCAUCGCCGCUUACAUGCACUACAGCAACAUUUCGGCCAGCGCUGACCAGGCACUGGACCGGUUUGCAAUGAAGCGGUUCUAUGAGGAUAAGAUUGUACCCAUUGGCCAGCCGUCCCAGAGAAGGUAUGUGCAUUACUUCAGCGGCCUGCUCUCUGGCACCAUCAAAAUGAACAACAAGCCCUUGUUUCUGCACCAUGUGAUCAUGCAUGGCAUCCCCAACUUCGAGUCUAAAGGAGGGUGUCGGCCAUUUCUCCGGAUCUACCAGGCCAUGCAACCUGUUUACACAUCUGGCAUCUACAACGUCCAAGGAGACAGCCAGACCAGCAUCUGCAUCACCAUCGAGCCUGGGCUGCUCUUGAAGGGAGACAUCUUGCUGAAGUGCUACCACAAGAAAUUCCGGAGCCCAGCCCGAGACGUCAUCUUCCGUGUGCAGUUCCACACCUGCGCCAUCCAUGACCUGGGGGUUGUGUUUGGGAAGGAAGACCUUGAUGAUGCCUUCAAAGAUGAUCGAUUUCCAGAAUACGGCAAGGUGGAAUUUGUAUUUUCUUAUGGGCCAGAGAAAAUUCAAGGCAUGGAACACCUGGAGAACGGGCCGAGCGUGUCAGUGGACUACAACACCUCUGACCCCCUCAUCCGCUGGGAUUCCUACGACAACUUUAAUGGGCAUCGCGAUGAUGGCAUGGAGGAGGUUGUGGGACACACGCAGGGGCCGCUGGAUGGGAGCCUGUAUGCCAAGGUGAAGAAGAAGGACUCCCUGAAUGGCAGCACUGGGGCUGUCAAUGCCACACGUCCUGCUCUGUCGGCCACUCCCAACCACGUGGAACACACCCUGUCCGUGAGCAGCGACUCCGGCAACUCCACAGCCUCCACCAAGACAGACAAGACUGAUGAGCCUGCCCCCGGCCCCUCCAGUGCCCCUGUUGCCCUGAGUCCUGAGGAGAAGCGCGAGCUGGACCGCCUGCUCAGUGGCUUCGGCUUAGAACGAGAGAAGCCAGGCAAUAUGUACCACACCCAGCACCUCCGGUCCCGCCUGGCGGGGGGCCCUGCUGUGCCCUCUGCCAGCCGUCAUGUUGUCCCAGCCCAGGUUCACGUCAACGGUGGGGCCUUGGCAUCUGAGCGGGAGACAGACAUUCUGGACGAUGAACUGCCCAACCAGGACGGGCACAGCGUGGGCAGCAUGGGCACAUUGUCUUCCCUGGACGGGAUCACCAACACCAGUGAGGGGGGCUAUCCAGAGGCGUUGUCCCCCUUGACCAAUGGCCUGGACAAGCCCUACGCCGUGGAACCUAUGGUGAAUGGUGGGGGCUACCCCUAUGAGUCUGCCAGCCGGGCAGUGCCUGCCCAUGCGGGCCACCUGGCCCCCAUGCGACCCUCCUACUCUGCACAGGAGGGUUUAGCUGGCUACCAGCGGGAGGGCCCCCACCCUGCCUGGUCACAGCAAGUGACCACCUCCCACUAUGGUCAUGACCCCAGCAGUAUGUUCCGCUCUCAGUCCUUCCCGGACACUGAGCCCCAGCUGCCCCCAGCUCCAGCCCGGGGGGGAAGCAGUCGGGAGGCUGUGCAGAGGGGCCUCAAUUCCUGGCAGCAGCAGCAGCAGCAGCAGCAGCAGCAGCAGCAGCAGCCUCACCCGCCUCCUCGUCAGCAGGAAAGAGCCCACUUGGAGAGGCCCGGCCCCCAGCCAUUGGCAGAGACACCCACGCCUGGCCUCCCUGAGUUCCCGAGGGCAGCCUCCCAGCAGGAGAUCGAGCAGUCCAUUGAAGCCCUCAACAUGCUGAUGCUGGACCUAGAGCCAUCCUCGGCUGCCGCCCCGCUGCACAAAUCCCAGAGUGUCCCUGGGGCCUGGCCUGGGGCCUCCCCGCUCUCCUCUCAGCCUCUUUCUGGCUCCUCCUACCAGACCCAUCCACUGACCCAGUCCAGAUCUGGCUACAUCCCCAGUGGGCAUUCCUUGGGAACCCCUGAGCCAGCCCCACGAGCCUCCCUGGAGUCCGUCCCUCAGGGCAGGUCUUACUCACCUUAUGAUUAUCAGGCAUGCCUGGCUGGGCCCAACCAGAGUUACCGUCCAAAGAGCCCAGCUUCCUCCUCUUCCUUGCCUGCUUUCCUUCCAACCAACCACAGCCCUCCAGGGCCUCAGCAGCCCCCCACCUCUCUCCCUGGCCUCGCUGCUCAGCCUCAGCUCCCACCAAAGGAGGUGACUUCAGACCCAUCCCGAACUCCGGAGGAGGAGCCCUUGAACCUGGAGGGGCUGGUGGCCCAUCGGGUAGCAGGGGUGCAGGCUCGGGAGAAGCAGCCUGCAGAGCCCCCAGCCCCUCUCCGGAGGCGGGCAGCCAGCGAUGGACAGUAUGAAAACCAGUCUCCAGAACCCUCAUCCCCCCGGAGUCCUGGGGUGCGCUCCCCAGUUCAGUGUGUGUCCCCGGAGCUGGCUCUCACAAUUGCUCUCAAUCCUGGAGGGCGGCCCAAAGAGCCCCACUUGCACAGCUACAAAGAGGCCUUUGAGGAGAUGGAGGGAACCGCUCCAUCCAGUCCACCGCCCAGUGGGGUGCGCUCCCCUCCAGGUCUGGCCAAGACACCCCUGUCUGCUCUGGGCCUGAAACCCCACAACCCAGCAGAUAUCCUGUUGCAUCCCAAGGGCGAGGAGGAUGGGGGGCAGGAGGUGAUGGAGCCGUCGGGAGAGCCCCGGAGCUACGUCGAGUCGGUGGUGCGGACAGCAGUGGCUGGGCCCCGAUCUCAGGACCCUGAGCCCAAGAGCUUUAGCGCCCCAGCUGCCCAGGCCUAUGGCCACGACACACCCCUGAGGAACGGGACCCUGGGCGGCUCCUUUGUCUCCCCUAGCCCCCUCUCCACCAGCAGCCCCAUCCUCAGCGCUGACAGCACUUCGGUGGGGAGUUUCCCAUCGGGGGAGAGCAGUGACCAGGGCCCCCGGACACCCACCCAGCCUCUGCUGGAUUCUGGCUUCCGCUCUGGCAGCCUGGGCCAGCCCAGCCCUUCGGCUCAGAGAAGCUACCAGAGUUCUUCUCCUCUUCCAACCGUGGGCAGCAGCUACAGCAGCCCCGACUACUCACUUCAGCAGUUCAGCUCCCCAGAAAGCCAGGCCCGGCCUCAGUUCAAUGCGGCUGGUGUCCACGCAGUCCCUGGGAGCCCUCAAGCACGCCACAGGACAGUGGGCACCAACACUCCCUCCAGUCCCGGCUUUGGCCGCCGAGCUGUCAACCCUGGCAUGGCUGCCCCCAGCAGCCCCAGUUUGAGCCAUCGCCAGGUGAUGGGCCCGCCAGCAACUGGUUUCCAUGGUAAUGUGGUUUCCAGCCCCCAGAGCAGUGCAGUGACCACUCCAGGAAGCCCCAGCCUGGGCCGGCACCCUGGGGCCCACCAGGCCUCAGGCCUCCAUGGCAGUGUGGCUGUCACUCCAGGGAGCCCCAGCCGCGGCCAGCAGCCGGGGGCCCACCAGGCCUCAGGCCUCCCUGGUAAUGUGGCCACCACUCCAGGGAGCCCCAGCCUGGGCCGGCAUCCUGGAGCCCACCAGGGCAACUUGGCCUCCAAUCUCCAUGGCAACACAAUAUCCAGCCCCGGAAGCCCCAUCCUGGGCCGUCAUCUUGGAGCAUCUGGAUCCGUGGUUCCUGGCAGCCCCAGCUUAGAUCGGCACGUGGCCUAUGGCGGCUACUCCACCCCUGAGGACCGGAGACCCACGCUGUCCCGGCAGAGCAGUGCCUCUGGUUACCAGGCUCCUUCCACGCCCUCCUUCCCUGUGUCUCCUGCCUACUACCCGGGCCUGAGCAGCCCCGCCACCUCCCCUUCGCCAGAUUCGGCAGCCUUCCGGCAAGGGAGUCCAACACCGGCCUUGCCAGAGAAGUGGAGGAUGUCCAUGGGAGACCGAGUGGGCAGCCUCCCCAACUAUGCCACCAUCAAUGGGAAGGUGUCGUCCUCGCCUGUCGCCAGUGGCAUGUCCAGUCCCAGUGGGGGCAGCACUGUCUCCUUCUCACACACUCUGCCUGACUUCUCCAAGUACUCCAUGCCAGACAACAGCCCAGAGACCAGGGCUAAAGUGAAAUUUGUCCAGGACACUUCCAAGUAUUGGUACAAACCCGAGAUCUCCAGAGAGCAGGCCAUCGCUCUGCUGAAGGACCAGGAGCCCGGGGCCUUCAUCAUCCGUGACAGCCACUCUUUCCGAGGAGCCUAUGGGCUGGCCAUGAAGGUGUCUUCUCCCCCUCCGACCAUCAUGCAGCAGAAUAAGAAAGGGGACAUGACCCAUGAGCUGGUGAGACAUUUCCUGAUAGAGACCGGCCCCCGAGGAGUCAAGCUCAAGGGCUGCCCCAACGAGCCAAACUUUGGAUCUCUCUCUGCCCUGGUCUACCAGCACUCCAUCAUCCCGCUGGCCCUGCCCUGUAAGCUGGUCAUUCCAAACCGAGAUCCCACAGAUGACUCGAAAGAUAGCUCGGGCCCUGCCAACUCAACCACCGACCUGCUAAAGCAAGGAGCAGCCUGCAACGUGCUCUUCGUCAACUCUGUGGACAUGGAGUCGCUCACUGGGCCACAGGCCAUCUCCAAAGCCACUUCCGAGACACUGGCUGCUGACCCCACGCCAGCUGCCACCAUCGUUCACUUCAAAGUGUCUGCCCAGGGAAUUACACUGACUGACAACCAGAGAAAGCUCUUCUUCAGACGACACUACCCUCUCAACACCGUCACCUUCUGUGACCUGGAUCCACAGGAGAGAAAGUGGAUGAAGACGGAGGGAGGUGCCCCUGCUAAGCUCUUCGGCUUUGUGGCCCGGAAGCAGGGCAGCACCACGGACAACGCCUGCCACCUCUUCGCUGAGCUUGAUCCCAACCAGCCUGCCUCCGCCAUUGUCAACUUCGUCUCCAAGGUCAUGCUGAGUGCCGGCCAGAAGAGAUGAACUCACCCCAUGCCCCGGGCCAGGGCAGUGGGGAUGGGGCAUGUGGGGAGGGGACCCAUGAAUCCUGACCAUCUCUGAAUCCAGAAGGAGGACUUUGGGCCAAUUUUGGAGAAGGAGAGAAGAAAGUGUGACAUGGGGAGAGGGAAGUGAAUUGCGGAGGGGCAGGGGAGAGAGGGAGAGAAAGAAAGAAAAGGAUGGAGGAGGAUAACUCGGAUUCCCUUGGGUAGAUGGCUACUGCGCAACCCCCAAAGUCUCCAAAACGAAGCAGGUCCACCUAACUCCCUCUCACCCUCACAGGAGGCAGAGCUGGCCUCCUUGGGGACCCAUAUUUUGGGGGGAAAUGGAAAAGUGUCUCCAUAGCCCAACUGCUUUGCAAGGAGAAAUCAAGUCAAGAGAAUCUUUUUCUGGCCCCCUCUAGGGUACAUUGUCAAACCAAAGGAGCCAGCAUGGGACGUCACGUGGCAGAACUUUUGCUUUGAAAGUAUCUCAGACCCGAGGUACCUAAGGCCUCUCUGCUCUGCCUCUGAUGUACAGUUUGUGUGGGAAUGUAUGUAGGGUUGUGUAUAUAUCUGCUCCCACACCCUCACACUCAGAUUUAUAUUCGACUCUCAGCUAGAAUUUAUAAACAGGUGUACUUGUCCAUGUUCCACAUUUGCACACAUGUGCAUACUGUCCAGAGGUCAGAGUUGGGGUGACCCAGCAUCAGGGAGGGGAUGCCAGCCUUCUUCCCCAGGAGCACCCAGGAAUAUGGGUAACAGGCUCUGACUUGUUGCCCCCCGCACCUGCGCUCUAGUGGCCCCGCGUGCCGCCAGCGCCUCCUCCUUGGCAAAGACCCCGGCAGGAGUGGCGGGACCAUUGGUUGGAGGAGAUGGAGACGUGCAUUUCCAUAGCCUCGGGGAAGAGACCCAUCAGCCACAGUGACUUUGACCUCCAGGCAUCUUCCCCAAGUUGUGUGGCAAGGUGGGCAGGCCACUCCCCCCAGCUCUCAGCCCUCAGCCCAUUCUUGGCUGCCAAGACCACACCAGCCUUAUCUCAGACCGGCUUAUCUGCAUGAUGUCUUCUUGGGUGCUGGGGAUUGAGCCUUCUGAUCUGCCCAGCUCUGUUCUGUCCUGCAGGGUCCUCCUGUUGGGCUCAUCCUGGGGAACCUGCUUCCAAGAGCCCUGCUCAGCAAGGCCCAGGGGAUGCCUGGGGUCCUGUCCUCCCCUCUGCCGGGGUUUGGGGCCUGACUUCUGCUGGGCUGUCCAGGUGACUCAGCAGAGCUCUGGGCUGCUGCCUAUAUACCACAUGGCCUAUUUACAAUACCAAAGCCUUGCUGUUCCCACUUCUGCCUUGGUUUCCCCAGCAGAAACAAGCUGCCCGGGAGCAGAGGGCCUAGAGUCCGCCUGGGCAAUUGGGAACCCCCUGACCUCCACCCAAGUACUCUCAGCUGGAAUGGAAAAGUCACCAGGACUCCAUUCUCGAGGGGCUUCUUAAGCCUCCGGGGGUCCCUUGGAGAGAGGCAUUGUACUGAUAUAUAAAUAUAUAUAAUAUAUAUGUGAGACAUACUGACAGAAUCUGUAAGCUAAUAAAAUAUAAGAAAAGGUUAAAAAAAGAAUAGGUAAAUUGACAAGAGGUAUUUAUUGUUUUCCCAUAUUGCUUUAUUGCCUCCCUGGGCAAAAACCAAUUCCCAUCCCUCUUUCUAUGUAUAAGGGAAGCCUGAAAUGUAGGGGCCUUUAUCCUUGGAGCAAUCAGGGGUCUCCUUGCCCUGGCCUUGGCCUUCCCUAGACUUUGUCGGGGGCUCAGCAGGGAGGGGUGCACGUGUUCCAUCUCCUUUGGCCCCCUCUUUUCUGGCAAGCCUAGGCCUCGGCCACCAGGUCCCGAGAGGAGCCCCCUCACCAGGGCUGGAGCGGGUGUGUGAGCCAGCGGGGGACAUGGGUGAGUGUGGUGGGCAUGGGGAGUGUGUGCGUCUUUUGUAUUUUUUCUCCUCCAAGAAGCUGUAUCUGUGUGGACAUACUGUUUCAGGGAGUUAGAAAGGAGAGUGUCUAACGAAGACGGGGAGCAGCCCCCCGCUUCCCAAAGAUUGAAACCUUGUGCUUGGUGACUAAGGUUCUUCCAAAGUGCUCUUCCUUCUGAGGCAUUCAAGCCAGAUCCUGGGGUUCCCUCUCCCCCUUCCCCACCUCCCCCUCUCUCUUCCAUAGGAGAGAUUCCACCCCUUCCUUUGUCAAUAUCUAACCUCCCACUGGACAGUCCGGGACUCUCCUCCUGGUCUGGACGUCCUCUCCACCCUGAGGCCAGCGGAGGGUUAGACCAUCGGGCAGACCCGGGCCCAGGGUCAGCCUUUUCACAUGCUUGCCCACCGCCCACCGCAGCCCACCUCCCGGGCCUGAGCUGAGGGUGACCCCACAAGCAGGACCUAGGGGUGCUGGGGAGCUGAUUCUCUCCCUCUCUGGGUCACUCUGGAGGGAGCUGGUUUCCUAGAGUUUGGCUUUUCCAGAGGAAUGGGGAAGGCACCUCAGUCUCCACGAGGUCCCCCCUUUGGGUCAGACACUGGCUGGGAAGACACUGUAGUCCUCCCAUCUCACAGGUUGGGCCCGUGCACCCAUGCGCACAAGUGCACACACACACACACACACACACACACACACACACCGCAGCACUGCAGUAUAUUCUUGCCAAAGAUGUCCUUUAAAAGAAAGCACUUUUAAUAAUUAUUGUUAUCGUGUAAAUGUUUAUCCUUUUCUCUCCUCCCCCUCCCUCGACAUAUUUGCUGUUGUUUAGUGUUGAACCCGUUUGUCAGCCAGGAGAGUGCUGUCUGGUCUUGAAAGUAGGCUGGGGCGUGGGGUGGGGUGGGUCCGGGAGAGGCAUGGUCAGCGUGUGACUCAGCCACACAGCCCCAGGCGGGCUCAGCCCGGCCCCAGGCCCCGCCUGCUUCUGGCUGUCGUCCAGCCAGGCCUCUGAGGCAGGGAGGCAGGGCCAGUGCCUCCACGUGGCUCUUCCCAGGUGGAAGGAGAGGGGAGGACCGGGAAUGGGAACAAUGGAGAGCAGACCCCAGAGUGGAAAUAGGGAGGAAGUGAGUUGUUUGAUCAGCCUCCAAGGUGACUGGCAUCCCCUCCCCUGAGGUCAUGUGUUCUGGCUCCCUUGUCUAGCCAGUGUUUGUCCCGGGUUUGGGAAAGGCCUUGACCUGGUCCUCAUGGCAGCCUUUCCUGCAGCCGCUCCGAGCUCGUGGACGGCCAGGAUCCCUCCUGCACUGGGCUUUGGGGAGUCCCUGGGUGUGUCAGAAGCUGGCAGGACAGGGUGAUGGGCUUGGUGGCUGUGCCACCAGAAGAGGAGGCAGCUGGCUGAACGAGUGUGGCCCUUCCAGGAAGGGGCUCCCAGGAGGUAGAUGAGGGGGUGUUCUCCUCCCUCAGAUGGGCAUGAGCAGAGAUGGGCAGACUCCUCACAGGUGGGACACCUAUGCCCUGAUGUGCACCGCCACCCUGCCCCGGGGUCUCCUCCCUUUGUUCCCAGCUUCAGAAGCUGGGGAGAUCAAGGGGCCAAUGCCCGAGUCCAAGGGCAGCCUCUGCCCCUGCAUCGCCCCACACUCAGGGUCCUUGGAGAGGUCAGAGGCCGGGCCCUGGAGCCACUCUUCACUCAGGGCCAGGCCCCGGAAUCUCGAGACCAGAGUCCCCUGGCAGUGGUAACACAGGACGUGUGUGCGCGUGCGUGCAGGUGUGGGUGUAUGUGUGUGAGUAGUUUGCGCAUCUCUCUAGGGAUCUUCAGGGUUGGGUUGGAGGAGGUGGGCAAUAGGAGGAUGUCAAGUUCAGUAUCAUCCGGCGGAAGGAAUCAGGAGGCGAGGCCUGUAGGGCCCUGAUGGGUGGAAUCUCAGUGUUGGCGAUGGGGUGGGCUCUGCGGUCCUCAGAUGACCCAAAUGUUGGAGGACCUGUGCUUAUUUCCCAUGCCUGGCUCUUCCCAGCGGUGAGGCAGUUGUAGAGGGGUGUCCCAAGUUGGGUUUCUAAUCAGUGUUAAGCAGUUGAGACUCUCCUGUGUCCGUGUUGGGUUUGUGUGUGUGUGUGCGGAGCACAUCAGUGUCUGCAUGCGUCUCCCUGUUUCUCCCCUCCCUCUGAUGUGUCAUUCAAAACAAAUGUAAGGAGUUCCUCACCUCCCCCCUCCCCCGCCCACCCCAUGUCCCCUGCCUUCCAGGCCUCCCCUCUGCAGGAAAACCAGAAUAACCCGCCCUCCUCCUGUGCCCUGACUGUGUAUUUAUAUAGAUGGAAAUAUACUUUCUAUUUUGUAUCAUUGUGCCUAUAGCCUCGGCCGCCUUGUAUAAACCCUGAUAUGCUACUUACCCUGGACAUGAAUGUGUUGUACACCGAGGCUGCCUGCUCCUGUCGGCGGCUUUGUUUCUUUGCGAUCCAUUGUAUGGCUUUAUAAAUGAUAAAGUGAAAGAAAACCUGG